UUGACUGAGUUUAAUAUUGCUAUGAAGCACUGGCCAUUGCUCUAUAGCAUGACGAUACAUUCAAUCUUAAGGCCAGAUAACUCUUAUCUCGCUGACCCGACUGCUCACGCCUGCUUUCGUAAUCUCGGUUUACCCAUCCACGUCGAGUAGGAAAAAAAGACAAGGAAAAAAGGAAAAGGGGUUCUCUAGGCUCUUCCCUUUUUUGUUGUGGCUGCUAAUGCCUGGUGCAUGGCAGGGCGCACUCUGCUGCUGCUGCUUCACCCAGCCAGCCCUGCCUUUAAACUUUUCUCUGGAUUAUUGCUUUGAUCGAUUUCGUCGCUGAAUGAGAGAAUAUCGCUUGGUGCUCUGCAUUCGUCGUCAGAGGAUAAGGUUCACCCGAGGAGGCCAUUGGCGGAGAGGCGUCACGUGACCACGGGGUGCCAAUGUUAUUCUACAAGGGUGUCAAGACCCUGUCAGUUUCUGAAAUAAAUAUUGGGAAACGGCGAGAUGCAAAAGGCAACCUACUACGACAGCUCCGCAAUUUACAGUGGCUACCCAUAUCAAAGCGCAAAUGGCUUCAGUUAUGAUGCCAAUCAGGUCCAAUAUCCCCGGGCCUCUCAUGUGGAAAGUGAGUACCAUCGACCUGCCUGCUCCCUGCAGUCUCCUGACGGCUCCGUGGCUCUGCAAAAGCCGGGGGAGAUGGCGGAGAGCUGCGACAGGACCACAGCCAUUCAAGCGGCGCAGUCCAAGGUUCAUCCCGAAAGCAAUCAACCGCAGGUGCCAGUGUCAGCCCCACCCCCUCCCUCACAAUCCCCCGGUGCUAUCAGCCAAAACACAAGCAACGGGUCCAACCAGCCCAGUGCCAAGAACGGCUCGCCGACCUCUACUGCACGCAAACAGAUCUUCCCCUGGAUGAAGGAAUCCCGUCAGAACACCAAGCAGAAACCCACCAGUAGCUCCAGUUCAGUGGAGAGUUGCCCCGGAGACAAGAGUCCUCCGGGGUCAGCAGCAUCGAAGAGGGCCCGGACAGCUUACACCAGCGCCCAGUUAGUGGAGCUGGAGAAGGAGUUCCACUUUAACCGGUACCUCUGCAGACCCCGGAGGGUAGAGAUGGCCAACCUGCUCAACCUCACCGAGAGACAGAUCAAAAUCUGGUUCCAGAACCGCAGGAUGAAAUACAAGAAGGAUCAGAAAGGUGUCGGAAUGAUGCCUUCCCCUGGCGGACAGUCCCCUCGGAGUCCCGUGGGCCCGGCCUCCGGCGGCGGUGGUGGUGGUGGUGGAGGAUACCUCAACUCUAUGCAUUCUCUUGUAAACAGUGUACCUUACGAAUCCCAGUCGCCGACGUCUUACAAUAAACCUCAUCAAAAUGCAUACAGUAUGGCUACGUCAUAUCCCCCUCCUUUGAACAGCUCUCUCAACAACUGCCCGCCCUCCCAGAAGAGAUAUGCCGGGACCGACUCGGCCACGCCCGAAUAUGACGCGCAUCCUCUCCAAGGCAAUGGCAACUACGGGACUCACAUGCAGGGCAGCCCUGUUUAUGUCGGCGGAGGUUACAUCGACUCAAUGCCCAAUUCUGGGACCUCCGUUUUCGGUCUGACCCAUCUCCCGCACCCUCCGUCCGCAAAUAUGGACUAUAAUGGAGCAAUCACAAUGGGCCACAGUCAGCAACACGGAGUGUGUGAUCCGACACCGACGUACACAGACCUAACGUCGCACUACUCUCAGGGAAGAAUCCAGGAAGCGCCCAAACUGACGCAUCUGUAGCGGUGGCGCUGCCCGGAUCACUCCGCCCAUUGUCUUAUCCACCUCCAGACUCCAGACACAUUACUGCUUUGUUUCUUCGCCUCCUCACGGCUCCCACCUCUCUCUUCUUUUGUUUAUGUUUUCUAUAGUUUAACGUGUGAAGUAGCGUAGGAUAAAUAAUCACGACUUGCUUGAAUUUUUCUCU